GAGACAACAAAGUUCAGUGACUGAGAGGGCUGAGCGGAGGCUGCUGAAGGGGAGAAAGGAGUGAGGAGCUGCUGGGCAGAGAGGGACUGUCCGGCUCCCAGAUGCUGGGCCUCCUGGGGAGCACGACCCUCGUGGGUUGGAUCACAGGUGCUGCUGUGGCGGUCCUGCUGCUGCUGCUGCUGCUGGCCACCUGCCUUUUCCACGGACGGCAGGACUGUGACGUGGAGAGGAACCGUACAGCUGCAGGGGGAAACCGAGUCCGCCGGGCCCAGCCUUGGCCCUUCUGGCGGCGGGGCCACCUGGGAAUCUUUCGCCAUCACCGUCAUCCUGGCCACGUCUCUCACGUGCCGAAUGUGGGCCUCCACCACCACCACCACCCCCGCCACACCCCUCACCACCUCCACCACCACCACCACCCCCACCGCCACCAUCCCCGCCACGCUCGCUGAGGCUGCUGCUGCCGGUGCCUGUGGACAGCAGGUGCCCCUGCCCUCCCAUCCGUUCCCAGGACAAGUGGACCCCAUGUUUCCCUGUGGAAGGAUGCGUCUCUGGGGUGAACGAGGGGAACAAUAGCCUGGGGCUUGCUCCAGCUGCAUUUGCAUGCUAUGCCCCAGUGUACUAUGGCAGCAGAGAAUGGAGGAACACUGGGGCCUGUGGUGCCGAAGGGUUUGGGGAGUGGAGAGCAAGGGUGCUCUUUUGGGGCUGGACAGCCCAUCUUGUGACUGUGACUCCCAGUGAGCCCCAGAAGUGACAAGCAUGUCUUGGCAGAGCCAACACACAAGUGGAUGUGAAGUGCCCGUCUUGACCUCCUCAUCAGGCUGCUGCAGGCCUCUGGCAAGCAGGGCACUGGGAGAGGCCCUGAGAAUGUCCUUUUGGUUUGGAGAAGGCAGUACGAAGCUGCACAGUCAAUUCAUUGGUGCCUUAGUCCAAGAAAAUAAAAACCACUAAGAAGCUUU